GAGCUCAUUGAGCUUUGAGCAUCUCUUGAUUCAAUCAUAGACAGGCGUCCAUCGCGAUCGGAAAUCCCAUCUGCGUCGUGGCUUGAGCGACGUGGGAAAGGUUGAUCAGCACCGCCAAGGAUUUCCGCGAACUAGCUGCAUUAGCUCUGUCACGUGAUCUGCAUCUCCGUUUGAAGUCGCAACCAUUCGAUGAAGCAAGCGCGCGCGGCUGUCUCGUCUGUAUUGAAACCACAAACAAUCUGCCCGAUGUCUUCUUCCUAACCCUCAAUCGACCCUCUGCGACGAGCAUCCCUCCCCCGCCCGGCCAUUUUCCCAACCGCAAUGAGCAUGGCGUCAAGGAAGACCCAACAAGAGAUUGACAAGACCUUCAAGAAGGUGGAUGAAGGCAUCCAAGCCUUCGAAGGCAUAUACGAAAAGAUCUACACCUCCAACAAUGCAGCGCAGAAGGACAAACUAGAAGAUAACUUGAAAAAGGAGAUCAAGAAACUGCAAAGAUCUCGCGACCAGAUCAAGACGUGGGCGGCCGGCAAUGAGAUCAAGGAUAAGUCCGCCCUGCUCGAGCAGCGGAAGAGGAUAGAGAAAUGUAUGGAAAUAUUCAAAGCCGUCGAGAAGGAGAUGAAGACCAAGGCAUUCUCGAAAGAAGGUCUAUCUCAGAACACCAAAUUAGAUCCCAAAGAAAAGGAACGGGAAGAGCUGUGCGACUUUCUGUCAGAUCAACUCGACGAAGUGAACAGAAUCUUGAUCGAAGAGCUGGAGCCAGAAGCUGGGAACAUACAGACCGCGCUCAAAAAGAAGCAGAAAGAUAACUCCAAGGCGGAUCGACUUGCGGAGUUAGAGUCCAUGACCGAUACAUACAAAUGGCACGAAUCCCGACUGCAGCUACUCCUGCGAUCUUUACAAAACGGCAAUGUCGACAACGAUGCCGUUGCCGCUAUCAAAUCAGAAAUCGAGGAUGUGGUGAGGGAUGGUAAAGAGCCUGACUUUGACGCGGAGGCCUACGAGGGCAUCUACGACGAUUGCAACCUGGACAGCGAAGAGGCGCAAUUCGGAUUGAACAAUGAAGGGGAACGAAUGUCGUCGCAAGAUGCGCAGUCUGUUCAAGAAGAACCCGAGCCAGACCCGAAUACCGUGAAGAAGACAAAGGUCGAACACAUUCCCGCCAGGCGGCCCUCCACGCAACUCAAGUCUCCUCUACCUGCCCUUGCAACACUAAAUACUAUGCCACCUCCACCUCCAAUACCCAAAGACACCACCAUGAAACCAGCGCCACUACCUAACCGACCUCCUGGGGAGACUUUGAAGUACGCAUCAGCAGCCGCCGCUGCUGCUGCAAGCGAUAAGAGUGGAGUUGGGAUUGCACCUCUUCCUCCUCCUAUUGGGGUCAGCCCGUCACCUGGUACAUCUCAUCCCUUACCAGCCCCGGUCAGAACGUCUGCCGAACCGUCUCCGGCCUCGGUGCCUGCACAACCGGUAGAGGAGACAGCGUCGCCAGCCCCUGUUGCAGCCAGCAUGGACGGCUCGACAUCCCAAGAACAGUCCAGCCACUCCAAAUCUCCCACGCUCAGCUCCGCGAGUGCUCCGGGCGCGAGUGUCCAGAGCAGCAUUCCAGCGACGCCUGCGAUGGAGACAUCCGAGGCUGUGCAGGAGCCCGUGAUAGCGGACGAGCUACCUACGACGAAUGGUGAUGCGCAUGAAGAUCCAUCAGUAGUGGAAUCAAUAUACCAUCUGCCUCCGGGGCUACAGGAUCUCUUGGACUCAUUCGAAACGACCAAGAACCGAGCAGCUCAACCUCCGUCACAGUUGGCAAGACUACUGCAGGCUUCACAGGAUACGUGUCCGGAACCUUCGGACAGCGACCGGCCGCAACACUAUCGUCCGACGCUCAAGUACAAUACUCCGGCACAUUACCCACAGGAUGUUCUUCCCAUAUUUGACGAUCCGGCCUUGUACGAUAACCAGAGACUGGAGACAGACACACUGUUCUACAUUUUCUACUAUCGGCAAAACACCUACCAGCAAUGGCUUGCGGCCCGUGCUCUCAAGAAUCAGAGUUGGCGGUUCCACAAACAAUAUCAAACGUGGUUUCAGCGGCACGAGGAGCCGAAGCAAAUUACGGAAGAGUACGAACAGGGCACGUAUCGAUUCUUUGACUACGAGAGCACCUGGAUGAAUCGCCGGAAGGCUGACUUCAAAUUCGUGUACAAAUUCCUGGAGGAUGAUCUGUAAGAUAGCGUACCGAAGCGGCCUGGCUACCUUGCUGUCCGUCGGCUUCCUGCAUGCAUGACAUGUUGCAGACCACAGAACGCUCUCACCUCGCAAAGACGAAGAGUGCAACAGAGCCUCGUUCUCAACCUCCACACAGCUUCCUUUCUUGGAAUUUCCUUGCAUAGUCGUUCCUCGGAGUAGCCUUCGACCUCCCCCCGAACCGCUCUGUGCAAUAUGAUCCAUCCUCUUCUGCAUACUGGACUAACUGUACUCCCUUUCAAGGUUUGAUAGAAAUGGUCGCCUACUCCGCCUCACUCUUUCUGUG